AUGGCUGUCGACCAGAAAGUCGCUUUGAUCGUAAUUGACGGCUGGGGUAUUGCGGGCCCCAACUCGCCCCCGGAGGGCGAUGCCAUCGCCGCCGCCGAGACCCCGUUCAUGUCCGGCUUCGCCGAGGCCAACUCGAAGACUGCCCAGGGCUUCACUGAGCUCGAGGCCUCCUCGCUGGCCGUCGGUCUCCCCGAGGGACUGAUGGGCAACAGUGAGGUCGGUCACCUGAACAUUGGUGCUGGUCGUGUUGUCUGGCAGGAUAGUGUUCGCAUUGAUCAGGUCCUCAAGAAGGGUGAGAUGAACAAGGUUGAGAACGUUGCCAAGUGCUUCACUCGCGCCAAGGAGGGUAAUGGCCGUCUGCACCUGUGUGGUCUGGUCUCAGACGGUGGUGUCCACUCCAACAUCACUCACCUGUUCGCUCUGCUCGAGGUCGCCAAGAAGAUGCAAAUCCCCCAGGUCUUCAUCCACUUCUUUGGUGAUGGCCGUGAUACCGAUCCCAAGAGCUCCGUUAUCUACAUGGAGCAGCUGCUUAAGAAGACCAAGGAGCUUGGUGUUGGUGAGAUUGCCACCGUCGUUGGCCGUUACUACAUCAUGGACCGUGAUAAGCGCUGGGAGCGUGUCGAGAUUGGUAUGAAGGGUCUGAUCACUGGCGAGGGCGAGGAGAGCUCCGACCCUCUUCAGACCAUCAAGGAGCGCUACGAGAAGAAGGAAAAUGAUGAGUUCCUGAAGCCCAUCAUUGUUGGCGGCAAAGAGCGCCGUAUCCAGGGUUUGUAUCCCGCUCAAACUACGAUGACACCGUCUUCUUCUUCAACUACCGUUCGGACCGUGUUCGUGAGAUCACCCAGCUGCUUGGUGACUACGACCGCUCCCCCUCGUCCCGACUUCCCCUACCCCAAGAACAUCUCCAUCACCACCAUGACCCAGUACAAGACCGACUACACCUUCCCCGUUGCUUUCCCUCCUCAGCACAUGGGUAACGUCCUUGCCGAGUGGCUGGGCAAGAAGAACCACUCCCAGUGCCACGUUGCCGAGACUGAGAAAUACGCCCACGUCACUUUCUUCUUCAACGGUGGUGUUGAGAAGCAGUUCCCUGGCGAGGUCCGCGACAUGAUUCCCUCGCCCCGUGUGGCCACCUACGAUCUUGACCCUAAGAUGAGCGCCGCUGCUGUCGGUACUAAGAUGGCCGAGCGCAUUGGCGAGAACAACUUCGACUUCGUCAUGAACAACUUUGCUCCUCCUGACAUGGUUGGCCACACUGGUGUGUACGAGGCCGCCAUUCAGGGUGUUGCCGCCACCGAUAAGGCUAUUGGUGAGAUCUAUGAGGCCUGCAAGAAGCACAACUACAUUCUCAUGAUCACUUCCGAUCACGGUAACGCCGAGGAGAUGCUCAACGAGAAAGGUACUCCCAAGACCUCCCACACUCUCAACACGGUUCCCUUCGUUAUGGCCAACGCCCCCGCUGGCUGGAGCCUCGCCAAGGAGGGUGGUGUCCUGGGUGAUGUCGCCCCUACCGUCCUCGCUGCCAUGGGCAUUGAGCAGCCUUCUGAGAUGACCGGUAAGAGCUUGCUCGUCAAGUCAUAA